UAGAAAAGUUCUAGAAUUCGAAAUUUAAAAACACGUCACAGAAAAACUGGAACAUCAUCAAUAGACAUUUAUAGAUUUAAAAAGAAAAAAACACAAUUCUGUAUCUCUAACUUGUAGUGUUUCCUUAUGUAAAACUUCAUCUAGAAGUAUUAAUUAUAAACAAAACAAGUAUUGUUUAUUAUUAAUUGAAAAAACAUUGCUGUCAUUUUAUCAGUAAGACUUUAUCUGAUAAGAGAACGAUAACACUGUAACUUGUUGAUCUUGGGGUUUCUCCAAGGGAACGAGUUUAGAAUUUAUAACCAAAACAGAAGAUUUGUUUAUAAAUACUCCCCCCUUUGACCUCAAAAAUGGGCAGUUGUUCAACUCGCGAACAGACGGUAGAACACAUGGAAAACAGAAGAAACUAUACGAAUUAAUAUAUAAAAAAAUAGAAGAAAUUGACCCACUUUAGGGUGUCCUUGGUGUGUUCGGAAUUAAAACAAAACGAUCCGGUUGGGAUGGUUUGAAAAUCGUAAAGAAGACCCCUCUCGAUCUUGUUUGUAAACCGCUUUCGUAACUAUAGAAGAAUGUUGUGGAGCUUCGUCACGUAUACAAAAAAGGGCAUGUUCGGAUGACGAAAACAAGCCGAACAUGUCUCGGUAGUUGUCGUUGGCGAAAAGGAUACGACGCGCAUUCCUCCGAAUGACGUCAAAAGCCGACGUAAGGAGUUCGGACGAGAUCGGCUCGGCUCGUUGACCAUAUAUGGAAAACUUACGUCGCCUACCGAGAAUUAUUAUUCAUGACGUAUGGCGUGUAUGUGUCGUCUUGUAAGUGUUAAAACUAAGGAACGGCGGCUCCGAAAGACAUUGUUUGGAACGUGGAGAGCGUAAGAGGGCAUAAGACGAGUUCGGAAACGUUUUCCCUUACGAAACGGCAAAACAGUAACGUGAAAAGAAACAAAAUAGCACGUACGGAGAUUGAAUGAACGGCCAUCGUGACGUAGGAGCUUUACGUCAAUCGGAAUCGUCAACGGGUAGGAGGAGCCUUCGCUCGCUAUUGGCCGAUACAAGUUCGUACUUGCCAAAUAAGGAAGCGCAUAGUAGUACAAUCCAUUCACAAAACAGACGUAUAAAGAGAUAGGCGUUCAUUCAUUCGAGUCUAUCGUAUAGAGACAGGUGAUCCGAAGUGAGUGUUCGUUAAGGUGCUACUGUUUACCCUCGUGAUACGAAACACGGUGUCUACUCAAUCAAGAGAUACGCGGUCUGUCGAAGACCGCCUUGACAAAUCGACAACGAAACAAUCUAGGAGCGUUACAAUGAUUAUGGACGGUCUUGAUACCUUGUCUCAAGUCGCGUUAAGUGAUCAGCAUUAUUGUCUAAGUUUCGAUACUUACAAAACGGAAGAUAUGGACAUCAAUAUCAGUGUCGACCCCGUUAUAGAAGAGUUAUCUACCACGUCCACGGAAGUCACCAGAAGCUCUGUUGAUAAUCUGUGUCCUCCUCCUGUCAUGGGAUGCGACUGUGGGGAUGACACACUCAACACUCCCGUCUCGACUUCUAUCGAUAGUAGUGCUUUUCUCUAUACUGAGGUCACCAUACCUGACCCCGUACCGAUCACAGAGGCAUCUGUCAUGUCACCGGAUAAUAAAGAGAGCAACAUAUAUCCCUGUUCCAGUCCCCAAUCCACCGCUACGACUCAGAGGAUCAGUUAUAGAGGCACCUUUACUACAACCUCGGCACCUAUCGACAUUCCAGAAGGACCCGCAUCGGCUUGGCUCUGUUCUGACAAGACUUCGACCAUUCUGCCAUUUUUCAACAUUCUAGGAGGGCACUCCAGCUCAUCAAUCACCUCGGCAGUGGCUCAAAUUCCAAGCCCUCCCGAAAUGACUUCACCACCUCCGAGACAAUCACCCGCUCCUUCUCACUUUUCAUCUUCUCCCACACCCAGCCCGUUCGACGUUACCGCCGAUACUACCGGAAGGGAGACGUAUACCACCCUGGAAAGUCCUCAACAAUCAGAACAAGAUGACAUUCUGCACUCGUACAGCUCGUCUUACGACCCUUCCGAGAGUAGCUUCGACGUCAAACAACCGUACGACACUCCGGUUGUUUCGUCCGCCGAAGCUCUCGUGGCUGCUACGUCAUCAAUUCUCAACCCCGUGGCCGACGACAUCGGCUUUCAAAGAGGUCUACAAUGGCCAGGGUUUACAGAUUACGUUCAGCUGGCUCCGGCCAGCACAUCUAUGCCUAUCGUCCCCAAACAAGAGCCGAUUAGCGAGGAACUUUAUACCUCAACGCAACAAGCUUCACUCGCGGACUAUAAUCCCUCCACCAGCAAAGGACACGAGAUUUUGAAUCAGGCCUAUCAGGCCAGCUCCGUUCCGCUCAAACUUUUGCCAAUCAGGCCGAGGAAAUACCCAAAUAGGCCUAGUAAGACACCCGUGCACGAAAGACCAUACGCUUGCCCCGUCGAGGGUUGUGACAGAAGGUUCUCGAGAAGCGACGAGUUGACACGUCACAUAAGGAUCCAUACCGGACAGAAACCCUUCCAGUGUCGUAUUUGCAUGCGCUCCUUUAGCCGCAGUGAUCACUUGACAACUCACAUUCGCACCCAUACGGGAGAGAAACCCUUUUCUUGCGACACUUGCGGAAGGAAAUUUGCACGCAGCGACGAGAAAAAACGUCAUGCCAAGGUGCACUUGAAGCAAAAGUCAAAAAAGGAAACUCGGCAGACUUCACCCGAGUUACCCUCACGCACCGAGAUUAAUUUGGAUCCGGGUGCAUCCUUAUCCAUUAACGUCACCAUAAGUGACCUCCAUUGAACGUACGCGCAAAGAAGAGCGUAUUGUUAUUGUUCAGCAUGGCGGUCCAGGCUGAAUAAAUGCCUGGGCCGUGAGGCUUUCGUGCCUCAAAACGCUAAAUUAGGCGGGAUUCCGGCCGCGUUGCAAAGACGCUAAGGAGAGAAGUUCGACGGUACGCAAUGGUGAGCAGGAGACGGAUGACAUAUAUUUUUUCUUUUUUGCCUUCGCUCAAAGCCUAAAUCCCGUAGAUGGACGAACAGAAGGAGGAGAAGGCAAACUUAGAGAUCAAAUCUGUAUUUUUCUAUUUUGUAUAUCCUCAAAGGAAAGUAAAAAUAUGAGAUAAGAAAAAGUUAGUUCCCCUCUCCUUCAAAGAACUCGUCCAUAAAAAAAAAAUGGCUUCUAAAUGAUUUACAAAAGAGACACAGAUGUUUCCUUUGGUGUUAUGUUUUGCUGUCGUCUAUAAAAUUGUUUUUUUGUUGUUAAAAAAUUUUAAAUGUUAAAAACCAGAAAUCUGGUAUUGUGAUUGGUGCCUGUUGUAUAUUUAGCACUGGUUGUCCAGUGUGUACGAUGCCUUUUCUCUUCUCAAUUCUCGCACAAUCAAAACAAGAUACAAAAAAAAAACAAAAAAAUGGAUAAAUCAACUUUAUAUCGUGGCUUACAGAUACUUUUUUGUUUUGUUUUUUCCCAUUAAUUCUCAUUGAAGUAACU